AUGGUGGUCUGCAAAUGCAGAAAGGCUACCAAGCUGUAUUGCUUUGUUCACAAGGUCCCUGUUUGCGGUGAAUGCAUUUGCUUCCCGGAGCAUCAAACUUGUGUGGUCCGGACGUAUUCAGAAUGGGUGAUAGAUGGAGAGUAUGACCAGCCAAAGUGUUGUCAAUGCCAAGCAGCAUUUGAUGAAGGGGGAGGUCAUCAAGUCACUCGGUUGGGUUGCUUGCAUGCUAUACAUACAAGUUGCUUGGUUUCGCUUAUCAAGAGUUUUCCUCCUCAUACUGCACCUGCUGGUUAUGUGUGCCCAUCUUGUAGCACCCCUAUAUGGCCUCCCAAGAUGGUAAAAGAUGCAGGAUCUCAGCUUCAUGCACAGUUAAGGGAAGUGAUUUUGCAGACUGGUCUUGAGAAGAAUUUAUUUGGGAACCAUCCAGUUUCUCGAUCCACCGAAUCUCGUAGCCCACCUCCUGCAUUUGCUUCAGAUACAUUAAUUAAUAUAUCAUCAUCUUCUCGUACACAAGAAGGGAAUAACCUUCCUGAUGGUUAUUCAGUAGCUGGAAAUGGAGAAUAUUCCAAGCCCACUGUUUCGGAGAUAGUUGAGAUAGAUGUUCCUGCUUCUGCUGCGAAUUACAUGAAAGGUUCAAGCCCUGGACUUGCUGCUGCUGCUGCACGGAAAGGUGUACCCACUGUGGACAGGCAGAACUCCGAGACUUUAUAUUAUGCGGACGAUGAAGACGGUAAUCGUAAAAAGUACUCAAGAAGAGGUCCUCUCCGUCACAAGUUUCUGCGGGCUUUACUGCCUUUCUGGUCAAGUGCAUUACCAACUCUACCCGUGACUGCACCACCUCGUAAAGAUGCAACAAAGGCAGAAGAUGGUACGGACGGCCGUGUAAGACAUCAACGAUCAUCAAGAACGGAUAUAAGGAAAAUACUCCUUCUCAUAGCGAUCAUAGCGUGUAUGGCAACAAUGGGGAUUUUAUACUACAGGCUUGCACAGAAGGUAAUUGGCCAAGAAAUACCCGAUGAGGAGCAGCGAUGA